AUGUCUGGCCCGACGAGGGAGAGACCGACGUGGAGUAGAAGGCGGGUUGACGCAAGAGGCGACUCGGCCGACCGAAUGAAGAUUGAUCUUUGGAGAUGCGUCCGACCCUCCAGCCCUCGGGUCGGGUCGACAGAGGCGAUUUUGGAGAAGACCCCUUGCCCGGAGACCCGGGGGAAGGCUAGGAAAGGUGUGCGCUGUAUUAUAUGGGCGUUUGGCGGUCAAAAACAAAACACCAUUUGGCUUUUAGGGGGGAAACUCGUUAUUCGAGAUGGACGCGGCGUUUUGGGGAGAGAGGGGGGGACCUACUUUCAGGGCGAGGGAGCUCUCUCCGGGCCUCCUCCCCCUCUUCUGGCCGAAGUCAGACAUCGCUCCUCACUCAGAACCGCCAUUGCGCGGUUGUAUUAUAUAGGUGUUUCUACAUUUUUUCUGUACAAUGGGAGCCCUCCGCCCCACCCCGACGGUGUUGUACAUCUUCCGACAUCCAGCCGUCAAUCCUCGAUUAAUACUAUGAUCCCUCAAGAGUCCAAGUCGGAUUAG